AUGGCCCAGUGUGAUUAUCUGGUCUACCAAAACAACGAUGUGAAGUUUUAUAUACCAAUUGUAUUCAAGGAAUCGCCAACUUUUGACAAAGUUGUUCCAUGUUGCGUAGCCGAUGUUGUACGCGGCUAUAAAAAAUGGGAGCAAACCAUCAAGCGAUACUACCCUGCUGAGAGCGAAUUUUGGAUGCUAGGAAACUAUCCCAUGAAUAAAAUCAUGAUAUGCGGACGUGCAGUUUCUUGGAAAUGGAAGUUUAUAAGCGGACUUGAUCAUGCUAUGUUCAAAAUAGACGACUGUUCGCGAGAGUCUCCAGAAAAUUCUACUUUGUUGGGAUGCAAAUGUUCGAAAAGUUUAAUAUUACAAUCAGGGCUACCUUUGUCAGAUCUGAGUGGAUGGGGGUUUAUACUGUAUGGAGUCGUGAAUCGCUUUUUAGAAUUGGAAGUUCAGAAGAUUGAGAUCAUGAGCAAUAUGGUUCAAGAAGUGGAUUUUUGGCGAUCGACAGUUGAAUGGAGAGAAAAGUUGAGUGAUCCGUGGGUGGUUGAUGCCGACACUAUGAGAUCUUCGUUUUCACAAGACGAUUUACUGAACCGGCAAAUAAGUUACAAUUUCGUACAACACUUGGAACUUCAAGCCUACCAGAGAGAGUUACAGAUCAGUGAAGGCCAAAACAUUCCGUUGGCGAGCCCAAAAGAAAUUUCACUUGUGCCUUCUGAACAACGAUUUUUAGAGGUGGACUGCUGCGAAUCGCCAAGUCACACAAAACAAGAGCUCUUGGUGGAGGACAAUAAAGAAGACGAUAACAAGAUGUACGAAAGGUCCUUGAUUGCAAGUGGAUCAAGCAAUGCUUUGCGAGCCUCAGAUCCAGACCAUGGUACUCGUAGCCACGUCCAAGCUACAAACGAGUCGAACUACAUUCAGGGUAGCGUAAAGGCUGGCCUUUUUGACGUCCAAAAUUUCCUCGCGCAAGGAAGGUCCAAUUUCGACCUCCCACCACAAACCGCACACACCAACAAUGGAGACAAACGACCAGUAAUACUACAUUCAGAGCUGCGGCAUAAUGGCAAUGGACGAUUCCCUUCGUACACGCCAAACGUGUACCUAAAAUCACUGGUGGAAUACAUAUUACAACAACCAGCAAUAGAAGUAUCAACUUUAAGCGCUUUUUGUGAACCUCAUUUGACGAUGAUUCUGCGAUCACUAGUUUCACAGCGGGAAUGCCCAAUCGAGGAACUAACCAGCACCAUUUUCAGACAGGCUUUAGAAACGCUGGCCGACUGGGGCCUUAUUAGGUUUUUUGCGCAAGGACGCAUUUUGAACCUGGCCACAAUCAAGAAACUGGCUACAUCUGUCUCUCAGCGCCUGUCAGCACUGGUGACGCUACGUCUAAAUACGGGAAAGUUCGAGUUCACUAAACUGUGUUAUAGUGUCCACGUUGAAUACCAGAGUCCAAUGAACGCUAUAUUUAUGGCCAUUCUCAAGAGGGAAUUAAGGAAGAUGGUCCAGCGUCCCAACCAAACUCUGCUCACGUCGUGGUGGAUUGAGGUUAUCACCGUAAACUCGGUGGUUGUGCAUUUUGAAUAUGCAAGAGAGCCAAUAAUCCUCCGAUGA